CUGGGGGGAAGGGAGAGUUGCCCGCGGGACCCGGCCGCCAGGGCCCACCCCCGCCCCGGGGUUGGAGCCUUUACAGGGCCGGGGGCAGGUGAGGCGGGGGCCAGGAGGUCCGGGGCAUGGAGGCAGGGGUGCUCCCGCCGACGCGGAGGCGGCGUGUAGCGGUCGUAGCGAAUCUUUCUACAAACUGAAGGUGUGAGGGUCGGGUGUGAAAGAGCACCCCCAUGCCCCCCAGGCCCCAGUUGUCCUGGAGGGGGAAGCUGCAGAUGGGACCCUUAGGUUGGGUCCGGGUGAUUGCACACAAAGUGUACCAGGUGACACCUCCGAGGCGUGUUUUGCGAGCUGGCAGUCAUACCACUUGCGGGCCCGCUUUUAUUUCUCGCAGCGUGUGUUUCUCUUGAGCCCGUUCAUUGAGUCCGAAUUGCGAAAUGAAGAAAGAAGCCUGAGACAGCAGCCUAUGAAGACUGUGAAGACAAUCCUGAAUAGCAAUUAUGAAUGGUGUUGCUGCUAGGCUUGUUCUGCGGAGCAUCUGAAAUGAACCUCUCUUAUUGAUUGUUUUUAUUGGCCCAGAGCCAGGAGUACUGGAUUCAGUUGACUUCAGGAUUAAAAAGAGAACAGUCCUGGUUAUCAUCAUAAACAUAUGAACCAGUGUGAUGGUGAAAUGAGAUGAGGCUCCGAAAUGGAACUGUAGCUACUGUUUUAGCAUUUAUCACUUCGUUCCUGACUUUAUCUUGGUAUACUACGUGGCAAAAUGGGAAAGAAAAACUGAUUGCUUAUCAACGAGAGUUUCUUGCCUUGAAAGAACGUCUUCGAAUAGCUGAACAUAGAAUCUCUCAGCGCUCUUCUGAAUUAAACGCCAUUGUACAACAGUUCAAGCGUGUAGGAGCAGAAGCAAAUGGAAGUAAGGAUGCAUUAAAUAAAUUUUCAGAUAAUACCCUAAAGCUAUUAAAGGAGUUAACAAGCAAAAAAUCUCUUCAAGUGCCAAGUAUUUAUUAUCAUUUGCCUCAUUUAUUGCAAAAUGAGAGAAGCCUUCAGCCUGCUCUGCAGAUUGGUAAUGGAAGAACAGGAGUGUCAAUAGUAAUGGGAAUUCCCACAGUGAAGAGAGAAGUUAAAUCUUACCUCAUAGAAACCCUUCAUUCCCUUAUUGAUAAUCUGUAUCCUGAAGAGAAGUUGGACUGUGUUAUAGUAGUCUUCAUAGGAGAGACAGAUAGUGAUUAUGUACACAGCGUUGUAGCCAACCUGGAGAAAGAAUUUUCUAAAGAAAUCAGUUCUGGCUUGGUGGAAAUAAUAUCCCCGCCUGAAAGCUAUUAUCCUGACCUGACAAACUUAAAGGAGACAUUUGGAGACUCCAAAGAAAGAGUAAGAUGGAGAACAAAGCAAAACCUAGAUUAUUGUUUUCUAAUGAUGUAUGCUCAGGAAAAGGGAAUAUAUUACAUUCAGCUUGAAGAUGAUAUUAUUGUCAAACAGAAUUACUUUAACACUAUAAAAAAUUUUGCACUUCAACUUUCUUCUGAGGAAUGGAUGAUACUAGAGUUCUCCCAGCUGGGCUUCAUUGGUAAAAUGUUUCAAGCACCAGACCUCACUCUGAUUGUGGAAUUCAUAUUUAUGUUCUAUAAGGAGAAACCCAUUGAUUGGCUCUUGGACCAUAUACUCUGGGUAAAAGUCUGCAACCCUGAAAAAGAUGCAAAACAUUGUGAUAGACAGAAAGCAAAUCUACGAAUUCGCUUCAGACCUUCCCUUUUCCAACAUGUUGGUCUGCAUUCUUCUCUAUCAGGAAAAAUUCAGAAACUCACGGAUAAAGAUUACAUGAAACCAUUACUUCUUAAAAUCCAUGUAAACCCGCCUGCAGAGAUAUCUACUUCUUUGAAGGUCUACCAAGGACAUACACUGGAGAAAACUUACAUGGGGGAGGAUUUCUUCUGGGCUAUCACCCCAGUAGCCGGAGACUAUAUCUUGUUCAAAUUUGAUAAGCCAGUCAAUGUAGAAAGUUAUUUGUUCCACAGUGGCAACCAAGAACAUCCAGGAGAUAUUCUGCUAAACACAACUGUGGAAGUUUUGCCUUUUAAGAGUGAAGGUUUGGAAAUAAGCAAAGAAACCAAAGACAAACGAUUAGAAGAUGGUUAUUUCAGAAUAGGAAAAUUUGAGAAUGGUGUUGCCGAAGGAAUGGUGGAUCCCAGUCUAAACCCCAUUUCAGCCUUUCGACUUUCAGUUAUUCAGAAUUCUGCCGUUUGGGCCAUUCUUAAUGAGGUAAGACAAUAUGUGCGAUCCGUGACACAGCUUAGAUGGUAUGUUGUUGUUUUGUUUUUUACCACAUUUUGAUUUCAUGCGUAAGGCCUUUAUUGUACUUCUUGUUAAUUUUGUAUUUCAGAUUCAUAUUAAAAAAGUCACCAACUGAUCAUCUGCUAAGAAACCAGUACAUUUUUUCCCUGUGAAUUUGUUAAUUAAAGAUAAUUAAGCAUGUACUUUUUUUUUUUUUACUUGAACACUACCUCUUGUGAAAUCUACUGUAGAUAAGAUGAUUGUCAUUUCCACUUGGAAAGUGAACCUCCCAUGGAUAAUUGCAUUCAUUCGAACCUAAGCUGUCCUCCAAUUUUAACUUGACUCAAACAUUUUACAGUUAUGACAGGCUGUUAAUAUGACUUGUACUAUUUUGGUAUUAUACUAAUACAUAAGAGUUGUACAUAUUGUUACAUUCCUUAAAUUUGAGAAAAAUUAAUGUUAAAUACAUUUUAUGAAGGGGGUACUUUUGAAGUUCAUUUAUUUUACUAUUAUAGACCCUCUUUUAUAGAUUAUCAGGGAUUAUAUAUAUAUAAAUAUAUAAAUAUACAUAAAAAUGUUAUGGAGUUAAUUUAUUAGAAACAUUUAAGAAGUACAUAUUUUUGUGCAGUAAAUUUUUGAAUCAAUACUUUUUUUGAAAAGUUACCUUGCUUUUUUAAGUUCUUUCUAUAUUUUUCUUUGGAAAUGCAAACAUUACAAAUUAAUGCCAUUUUUCAAAUGCACUGCCAUUUAAGAAUGAUUCUAGAUUGAUUUCCUAACUGAAGUACUUUUAUAAUUGCAGUGAUUCUGAACAAAAUAUUUUCAAAGGCAUUUGUCAUUCCUUAAAGCCAAGAUUUUAAAGACCAAUGUCCUUCUUGAGGGUUAUUUUAUUAUGCUGUUUAUGGUGUAAAAAAUCAGUCUGAUAAAUUUUAAUGUGCAGGGGUCAUGCAUUCAACCCAAAUUAUCAUGGACUCAACUCAUUCCCUCUGAUGUGUAAAAUGACAAACUCUUUUUUCUUUUUAAAUCUGUCUUUGAUCCAUGAGUUAGAUGCAUUCUCUCUUGUUGAUCCUUUUAUAUCUGCACCCAUUUAAUGAGUUCUGACAAAAUGUUUUCUAGGUAAUGUUACUGUUUGAGUCAAAAUCAUUGAAUUUUACAGAAAAAAUUGUAAUACUGGUUUUUAGGGAGAGGUACUGUAGCAGCUGUAUGUUUUUGCAAAAUGAUUUAUUCUGUUGGCAUUAUGAACUUACAGGUAAAUUCAUAUCUGAAGAGUACUUAUUGCUCUUAAUCAUGCAAUUCCAAAUGUUAUUACUACUGUAAACAAAAAUACUAUCAGCCUUAGCAAUCAGUGAUCUUUACAAAAGUCUUUUAAGAAGUUCCAAAAUGAUCAGCAUCAGUUUCGGGGGGUUGCAGGUGGAUUCCAGAGAGAUGUGCAGAGAUUGAUCCCCUGAGCUCUCGGACUAGCCAGUGGCUGAGGCCUCCAGGGGCUGGAGGUGCCGGCUAGUUGUCCCUUGCCUAGAGGAGCUUCCCGCGGUUACCCAGGAUGCUGAACAAAGAGCUUCCAGAGAGCCUUGUUUUCUGUACAGUAUGAUGGAGUGAAAAAUGUUGGGAAACAUGGAUAGGGUACAGUUCUUUCCAUUACUCCUACUGGAAUCAUGUCAGUUACUUUCCUUGAUUAAAAAGUUACACAUUGCCAUGAAUAAUUUUUAUGUCCAAGUCUAGUGAAACAUUUUUGCUGGGUUUUUUAGAUUUCACUUUCUUUAAUUUACUUUUUAUUUUGUCCUCACAUUUCCCUGGCCUGAUACCCACAGGCCCAUUUCAUUUGAAAAGAAUGACCUUUCAUUAUAAAACUUUGGCAGCUGUUGAACAUGCUGACUGCUAGACCAGCCAAGUGUCAGGAGGGAAAGCUCUGGGGUGGGUUGAGAAGUCCUCUCAUUUCCCUUCCACAGUAGCCCACUCUGAUUUGGGGGAGAAGGACCAUGCACUGAAGAUCAGGGAGGUGACGGUUACCUCCUUGCCUUUAGUGAGGGCUGCUCAGUCUUAAGACUGGUGAGCCGUACUAGCCAGCUUCUUCCUGUUCUGCUCAGUCUCCCCUCCCAGGCUUAGCUCUCCCCUCCUGUUCCUGAGAAUACUUUUGAGCCAAAUCUCACCCACCUUUCACAGACUCUCUCGUGCACUCCUCCCAUGAAGUGUUACCAGUGCCUAGUCAUGCCAGGAAUAGUGCCUAGCAUGUGGCAGGUGCCCAGUCCGGGGCUGGAUGAGGGGACCAACUGUCCCAGCCCACACUCCUUUCUUUUCAACUCCCUACGUUCCUUGCCACACAUUUACAUACGCACUCAGCUGCUGAGUUUUUGGUUGUUCCUGGCGAGUGUGUGUGUAUGUGUGCGCACAUUCUCCCACCAACCAGGCUUCAAGCUCCUGGGGUAGGCCUGUAACUCAUCCUUCCUGUCUAUCUUCUGGUGCAGCAGGUGCUCCCCAAUCAUCUCAUUGUUGGUCUAUCCCUGCCCCCACUUCCUUUCUAGACCAUUAGAAACCGCCAUGCUUUCCUCAAGCAAGACACUGUAGGGGUAGCCCUUGAGAGUAGUUGGGUGAAGUCUGGGGACAGAACGGUAGAGGAGGUGAAGAGUACCUGGGACUGAGGGAAGGAUAUACUUGGCCUCAAGAGGACACUGAACCACUUUUAUCAGAAUAGGGAGUGGGGACAGUGUCCAGUUGGUGUCCAGUAUUUAAUUAUUACUAUAUAGACAUAAAUGAAACCUGGUUUGCAUCUGGUAUGUAUUUCACAUAAACUGUCAGACUCUAGAGCCGUGCUGUCCUAUACAGUAGCCAGUAGACACAUGGUGGCUGUUUAAGUUUAAAUUAAUAAAACCUUCACCUCCUUAGUCACACUAGCUACAGUUCAAGUGCUCAUCAGCCACAUGUGGCUCGUGGCCCUCGGACUGGAGGGCACAGAUAGAGAACCUUCUGUCCCUGCAGAAGGUUCUGUUGGGACAGCACUGUGUAAGGAGUGCUAAUGUGGACACUGGCGAAACCAGAGUAAUGAAUUCUGACGAGGAGGAUAAAAGCAGACAUGCAGAAUAUAUCACAGUGCAGAUGAUGAGUAUUGUAGGUGAGAAGGUUGAGGACUGUGUCUGGGAUUCUAAGACCCCAGAUUUCUGAGUUCUCUAAGUCUCAUGUGCUCUUUACACACACACGGGGUCCUACCAUGUCGUCAAACAAGAACAGUGGUUUCAGGCAGUGAGAUUGAAAAGCUUUUGGAAAAAGUGCGUGUGGAUGAUCUGGCAGGCAGGCUGUAGACACGUAUGUGUAUAUUAAUUCAGCCACAGAGAGGUCUUUGGAAAAGGUACGGCUUUUCAGAUCAGGGGUUGCACCAGUAAGUGAUCAGAAGGUGUCCUUAUCUCAAAGUUUUCUUCAGCAACGUUCUGAAGGCUUCUUUUCGAUCUGUUAUUGUCACGAAAAGGUGGUCUCCCAACAGUGCUGUCCUCAAAGGCAAGUUUGGUUAAUACGGAAACAGCAUGUUUGGAGCGAUUGCUCUCAUUAAUGGCAUUGUGUAUUUGUAGUAGCCAGAAUUCUCCAGGUGACCUUCAGGUACCGUAGAUGAGAUCCUCCCCUUUUGCAUGUGGGUGGAAGCCAUGAAUCUCACCCAUAAUCAUGUUCAGCUAAUCUAACCCUGUGAGCCCUUUAAAAGCAGAGUUUUCUUAGGCUGGUAGCAUAAGUCAGAUUCAAAGCAGGAGGACUCGAGGCACCACUGCUGAUUUAAGAUGGAGGGGCUGCAGGAGAAGAAAUGGCCUGUCAGGAGCUGAGAAACCUCCGCCAACAGCCACGGGACCCAGAACUACAGCCCUACAGCCACAGGAACUUGAUCAGUCAACAAACUGAGGGAGCUUGCAACUAGAGUCUUCUCCAGCAGAUGAGAGCCCAGCCCCGCCAACACCGUGACUCAAGCCUCGUGAGAUCCUAUGCAGAGGACUCCAACCAAGCCCGCCCUGACUUCUGGUCUGCAGAACUGUGAGAUAAUAAAUAGGUAUUGUUUUAAGCCUCUGAAUUCGUGGUGAUUUGUUAUGCAGCAAUAGAGAAUGAAUAUAGUAUUUAAAAGAGGUGAGGAGGAAAAGUCUUCCUACUUGAUUCCCUAUAGUUAGCUUGGAGAUGUUAAUAACCACGGGAGUCAAGUCUUACACUAGCAAACUUACACCUGGGCCACCGCUGGGGUUUCUCUCCCUGAGAAUCUCAAGUAGUCUUGAUUGGAAGUUUGUUGCCAAAAACUUGGGAGUAUCUUAGCAAUGUUUUGUAAAAAAAAAAAAAAAAAAAAAAAACUAGAACAGGAUUGUUCUCAUUCCAGAACGAGGAACCAGUGUAUAUGGAAUCUUUUUCCUCGGAGAGGUAUUACUUUGUGCUGAUUUAUUCUGCUCUGAGCUUGUUCAGUAUAUUAUUUAAGAACGAUGAACAGUGGUACUUUAAAUAAGAUAUUAGGAGAGAAAAAAAUUUCUGCCUUUUCGUAGAAAUCAGAUAAUCUACUCUGCAUUGAAGAACAUACUUUUUUUUUAACCCAAAACUUACUUUAUUGUGUAAGAACAGAUCAAAUCCUGUAUGUGCCAACCAAAUUUUUGUACUUCGUGGGUGUUUUCCAAAAUACUUCUCUCCUUCCAAGCCAUUAAUGCUAAUGAGCUUGUUUUUAUUUUGGUUUGUAGAUUAAUUUUUGUACUUAUUUUUACUAUAUUGCCAUACCCUUGAUAGAAGAACAGCAGAGAGCUAAAGGGAAGAAAAUGAGAGGCUAAGACUGUCAGAAAGUCAGAAAUUGGAGUCCAAAUCAUCUUUGUGUUCUAGGGGAACCCAGAUAUCCCAGCUCUUUCUUUUAUAGAAAAGGAAACUUUUCCAAGCUGUGUAGCAUUAUUUAUAGUGUGUGAAAUUUGAUAGCUGUACAAUUUUAAUUAUUAAUCUUGAUAUAUGCCAUGAUAACUAGUAGGCUUACUUUAUUUCUUUAAUGCAUGUGAACAUACAAUGCUGAAGACUACGACCAUAUUAAAAAAAAAUUUGUUAUAUAUAUCCCUAUCAUCAGUACCUAUAUAUAACCUCUUCUUGCCUGAAACACCCCACCUUUUUGGGCACUAACUAGAUCAUGUUCACGGGAACAAACAGGAAAGAGCUGGCUGUGUGCGUGUGAGCAUGUGUAUGUGUGUGCAUGCAUGUGUGUAUGCGUGUUAAGAAUUUAGAAGACAUUGUUCAAGAAAGUAAGCUGGGUAUUGAAUGGGAAAGCACUUUGUGCCAAGUAUCAUUCCCGGUGUUGUUCACAUUGCAGUAAAAAUGUUAAUAGUGGUGCUAAAAUUGUUCUCCAAAUAAGGAUUGUUUGUUGUGGGGAAUAUUUAAUGAUACUCUUGGACAUUAGGGAGGCUACUUUAUGUAUCACUUGCUCCUAGUUGUUUUUUGGUAUUAGAGUCAAAGCUUCGGUACUUUAGUAUGAUUAGCCUUCCAUUAUUUGAAAUGCUCAGUUUGCUGAAAUUGGGUGAAAAUACCUUUUGAAGACCUAUUUGAGCCUUAAAAAUGGCUGAUAUCGACAGUACUGUAAGAUGCUAGGCCAGCAGAUUUGAUAUUUUUCAUUUCAGUGAAGACAGAGAUGUUUUCUAAGAAAGACUUAGAAAUCAGCUGACUGAAAAUAAUUAUGUUUCAUUUAUGGAAUAAAAAACUAACGUGUUUCUCAUAAAGAACACUGUUUGGAAAGGUCACGGAUGUUUCUGGAAGCACUCCUUAGAGAAGGUGCCUGAGGAAUUGCUUUUCCAGGCUGUACCAGAUUUUUUUUUUCCUCCUUAAAUGUAUUGUACAUAUUUUCCUUAAAAUGUUUUCAUUGGGUGAAUGGGUAGUAUCUGUAGUAAUAUUUUAGGUACCUGUUAAGGUUUUUAAGGGAAGAUUAUUUAUUUUCAAAUUUGCUGCUAUAAUUGAAAACCUAAUAACUGGUCCUGUUGACUGUGCCUUUCAUUAUUGUUGUUUUCUCUGUGCCACAACCGUUUAUGUGUUUGGAAUAAAGACGUUUAAGAAGCCAUGUUGAAUUCAAGAUUCCUUCUAAUAAAAAUAGGUAAAAAUGAG